AUGAACUGUGUGGAGGCGUCCCUGGGUGUGGAGGAGGGGUCCCUGGGGUGUGGAGGAGGCGUCCCUGGGGUGUGGAGGAGGCGUCCCUGGGGUGUGGAGGAGGCGUCCCUGGGGUGUGGAGGAGGCGUCCCUGGGGUGUGGAGGAGGCGUCCCUGGGGUGUGAAAGAGGCGUCCCUGGGUGUGGAGGCGUCCCUGGGUGUUGUCACUGUGUCUCGUCUCCCCCAGGGCGGCGCGGGGCUCGUCGGUGCUGAAGUGGACCUCUCUGGCCGACACCUGGAGCGGCUGCCUACCGUCCUCUUCUCCAGCCUUCACCUCACCGGCAUCAAUCUAUCCCAUAAUCUCCUCUCGCCUGCGUCCUCCGCCACUUCCCCGGCCAGGAGGCGUUGUGUAGGUCACUCAAGGAAACAAAGGGACCGUAGAAGGCGGGCAGGGCCGCCGGAGUGCCGCGAGUCGCCUGGGGCACGAACCAGGCCGCGACCCCUACCCAGUGACCACAACACACUCAGUCUGUCUGGUAAAACUGACGGAGGCACCGGCGAGGAGGAAGGAGGACUAAGUGGUGACUCGGGCGUCCCCUCAGACCGAACAGAAGAGGGCUGCCCGAGGAGUGACCCAGAAAGUCCACCUCUUGAGACAUCCCCGAGGAGGCCCAGCUUCUCCGACGAACUUCAAGACAAAUUACGUCAACGGAGAGCAGCAAGUGAAGGCUGUACUGAGACGGAGGACUCCUCGCGUCACGUGGAGAAUGUAAACACCCCAGCCAAUGUGCCCAGUGCUUGUGAUACCCAAUCCUUGACGCCCCUGCAAACUGAACCACGCCCCCCAGCCCCUCUCCCUCAUCAAGCCUCCAGCAGCCCCUCCAGCAGCACUACAAGCAGAUGGGAAGGCGCGGGAAGCAACCGAGAGGAGGGUAGCCGGGGUAGCUAUGAAGACAGUAGCUCAUCCGGCGUCGACGAGAGUGACAGCGGGUCCGAGGCAGGGGCGGCGGAGGGGGGUGAGGUGAGGGCGGCCUCCUCCAGAAGCCUCGGCGCGCUGCAUCAGCUGAGGUACUUCCAGCAGCUUCAGACGGUGGUGCUGGACGAGAACAGGCUGGAAGAGUUCCCGACCUGCCUCCUCAGCCUGCCCCACCUGGUCUGUCUGUCCCUGGCCCGCAACCUGUUACCGGCGCUGCCCAACACUCUCCACUCCCUCGCCAGGCUGGUGGAGCUGGACGUUUCCUUCAACCGCCUAGUGGAACUGGGGGUCGGGGUGGCUCGUCUGGCCGCCCUCAAGCACCUACGAGCCGCCCACAACAGGAUCGAGGAGGCCCCUGAACUGGCCGCCAUGGAGGCCCUUCGUACCCUGGACCUGUCUGAAAACCGGGUGGAGGUGGGACCCUCGCUGAGAAGGCCCCAGGAUCCCGCCCCAGCCACUCCCGCCGAGGUAGACGACCCCCACGAGCCCCUCCCUGACUCCCGACCUCUUGCCCUCAACCUGCGCCUCAACAGCCUCACGGGCCCUGUCACCCUCGCCAGCAUACAGAACGUGACUGAGCUGGACGUGAGCGACAAUGGCAUCACCAGCCUCGACGUAUCCUGCCUCUCGUCCCUCAGCUCCCUUACUUGCUGCAACAACGCCCUCACUUCGCUCACCCUGCAUGCUGCCGCCCUCGUCCACCUCUCCGCUACCAACAACCGCUUAACAAUGCUGGAGGUACGCUAUCACCCACAAGGGCUGACCAGACUCAAUCUCUCAAGAAAUCAACUGGAAGCCGUCCCGCCGUGGCUGGUUUCAAGCACAGAAGUGACUCUCGUUGAUUUGAGUUACAACCAGAUCUCAUCCCUCCCGGCCUUCCUCACGUCAGGCCACCUGCGGCGCCUCCACACAUUCUCGGCCCACCACAACUGCCUGACUGCCUUCCCGGUGCCACAGCCAGAUCUCAGCCCCUGUCGGAGUGCCUACUAUGCUCACCCCUCACACAGGACGCACCACGGUAUCCACGAGUCCUGCCGAGGGGACAACAGUUACAUUCCCCCUGGUCUGCUCGAGGAGUCCAAGUGUUGCUCCCUGGAGGUCCUGUAUCUCCACUGCAAUAAGAUACCUGCGCUGCCCUCCAACCUCUUUUCUUGGCUCAACAGGCUGAGAGUGCUGAAUGUAAGUGCCAACCAACUGAGUGUCCUGCCAGGCCUACCGGAGGGCCAGGGGGAGCGAGGGACCAUCCACACUCAGCAGGAGCACAUUGGGAGCCCCAAAGUGACGCUGUCUCUUCAGGAGCUGUACGCUGCUGCAAACAGACUGAGGGACCUCUCCCCCUUGCAGCACUGCAGGGCAAUGCGAAUUCUUCAUGCUCCCUAUAACAGGAUCACCAGCCUACAUGACAAGUUGGUGUGGUCCUGGGAGCUGAUGGAGGAGCUGGUGCUCUCCGCCAACCAGCUGUCCUCUGUGCCCGUGGGUGUGUCUCGCCUCUCCAGGCUGAGGGUCCUGAAGGUUCACUCAAAUCCCCUGCAGAGUUUGCCUCGCCUUGCUCACCUGUCAGCGCUCAAGGUCGUUGAUGCCUCUCGCUGCAUGCUGGGCCACAUUGAGCUGGAGGAGCUGGUGGCGCCGGGGCUGGUGGCCUUGGACAUCUCCGGCAACACAGCUCUGUCGCUUGAUCACCACCAAUUCACCAAGUGCAAGUCCCGGAGAGCUGUCAAUGUUGUGGACGUGACCAGCUGCUCGGGGCGGUCACUUCCCCUCACACGGCCGCCCGCCAGCACCCAUCACAGCUGGCAGCGAGGGAAGGGGCACCAACUCAGCCAUGAACCCAAGAGCACCUCCAGCACACUACCAUGGACCCUGGGAUUCGCAGAGGCAAUAGGCAGAGACUCAAGGCUAACCGUCGGGCAGCUGCGUGUGCCAGAUGUGGGCGGGAGCGGCGGUGUGGCUGUGGUGGCCGUGGCUGAUGGAGGGCAGGACAUGGGUGGUGUUGGCACGCUGCUGGCAGGCCUUCCACAUCUGCUGCAGGAGGAGUUGGCGUGUUCGAACAAUCACACUUACGCUCUUAAAUAUGCUCUCCUCACGGCUCUCAGGCGCUUGAGGAACCAGGGCGCCACGCUUCCCUCGGCUGUGUGUGCUGCUCACCUUGAAGCCGAUCCCACCCUGCCUGGUCAGUGGCCGGUGCUGCGCCUCUGCUGCUACGGCCCCGUGUCUGCCGUGGUCACUACUGUCCAUGGCAAGCCUAUCAUCCUCACCACCUCUGCACUCAGGGCCCCCUUGGUCAGUGUCCCCGAGUGUGGCGAGGGAGUGAGGUGCAGCCUGUCCGAGUCCCCAGUGCUUCCAGACCCACACACCACUGAGCUGCACCUGGGACCACACCACUCGGCCAUUACCAUUGCUAGUGCCAGCUUGUGGGAGGUGAUAGAACCAUCUGAGGCCGCUGAUAUAUGCAGCCGAGUGAGCGAGCCAGGGUCAGCUGCCAAGGAACUCCUAGACCUUGCUCAGGCCUAUGGGUCUCGACAGGCUGUUAGUGUAAUUGUGGUUCAACUAAAGCCACCCGUUGAUGUCUACCAAAACUCAUCACCAGGUGCCCGUGAGGAAUGUACAAUACUGAACAUGGUGCAGAACUGUUCUAGUGACUUUGGCGCACGUAAAGAACAUUCUGAAAAAGUACAGCACAAGGUGAAGGACAUGACUAGCCUCUCUCAAAGGGUAAAGUUCAGUACUAAAAAUACUCUGGAAGGCACAAGAAACCAAGGGUACACAUCCAAAAGUAGAAAAGACUACAGGGAGAGCUUUUUAUGUAGUGGAAUAAAUAAGAUUAAGAUACCAUGUGAAGAUGAGCAUAGCGUGCUGCAGAACAUUGGAGACCUUGAGAGGUCCUCGCCGAGCGGCCAAAGUCAGAGUGAUUGCAGUGAGUACAGUCCAGACAAUGACAAAGAACCAAGAACAAAGUUUGUGGAAUUCAGUGAAGAAAGGCCCAAAGAUGUUUUUCAACCAUAUGCUGCUAACGUCAGUGCACAUUCGAGAAGAAAAAACAAAAAUGAUAAAAAAGUGGAUGUAGGAUCUCAAGUAAUAUUAAAUGGCUACUGUGGUGAAGAGAAAGCCAUCAGUUACUACCACUACCCUCGCCCUGACCCUGGCACCGUGCCCCCACAGGCCACCUUGCAACACCUACAGACUGAGCCCCAGACAGGUGUGCUUGCCCCUCCAGCAGGGUUUGGGGACCCAGCCAGUGACUCUGAGGGCAGUGACAGUGGCCUCAGUGGAGUCAGUGGAAUACAGAAUUAUGCUGAUCACCCAAGUGGAGCUAAUUUGGAAAACACAAUGGGAGACAACAGUUCUGAACAAGUUAGUGAGGAACAGUUUCGAAGUUGGGAAUAUCUUCUUGCCCGAAAUGCCAAACUGCUGUACAUGAGGGAACUGGACAACCUCAAGAAACCCGAGUCACUCUCCAUCAAGCCCACCGUCUCAGCGCCAGACUUGGUGCUGGCCACUGCCUUGGAAGCGGAGUCUCCAGGACAUUUUCAGCGCAAUAACAUAAGAAAAUCUCGCCUGGGUAGAGGCACCUUCCGCCAAAUUCAAAACAAAUUUCAUGCCACAACGAGCAAGUUCAACACUUUACAGAAACUGAAAGCAAGCGCUCCCAAUAUCGGCAAUUUCCGCCGCUUUGGAAGCUUACAAAACCUGAAGUAUUACCAGGAGAACAGACCCCAAGAACCCCAGCAGCCUAAGGUGCAGCCUGAGAUUACUUCAGAAAUGCAAGAAAGACAUUCAAUGGACUCAGUAGAGUUAGAAACUCGAAUGCAUCACUAUUGGCAUACAGGAAUCACCAAUUUUUAGGACAACCAUUAGAAGCCAAGGAAAUUGUAAUAAAGUUUACUGAACUCAACUCAACAGAAGAAUUAUCACUGCAUGUUAAGUGAUUUGGUUAAUGGGUUUUGCCAGCCUUGUCACACACAUAUUUUUAACCUGAUAGCAGCAGGAAUCAUGUUUCUUAAUGGUCCCCCUAAGCGAGAAAAAUUUGAAAAAAUCACCCCUCACACAAACCAUUUCAUAAUAUAUAUCAAAGCAUUUGUGAUCAGAUUAUGUAUCAUUUAUUUUGAGGGGUUUAAAUCAUGGCACAAAUUUGGCCUGUCGCUGCUACAUGGUAAAGCCACAAAUUUGGCCCGUCGCUGCUAUCGGGUUAAUGGAUUUUGCCAGCCUUGUCACACACAUAUUUUUAAAGUCAAGUUACAGAGCAUUCACACAUUUGGGGGGAAAAUUCCUUGGGCCUUUCCCCUGAUUUAUUUGCAAGGAAGUUAAGAUUGUGUGAGACAGAAGUGUAUGAAAGCUUAGGUUAUAUAAAAGGUUGCAUAUAACCCAGCCUGGUGCAAGUUCCUAUAUUCAGAACCUAAGAAAUAGGGAAAAUGUAAUGAUCAAAUUCACGAUAGCGAUCCACUGUCAUGCUGCCCAUUCACCGACUUGAUUUUUAUAUCUGGACAUUGUUGCUGUUAUUUAUUUCUUACAUGAAGAGUAUUCAAUGAAAUUGUUGAACUGUUCCCCUUACUUUAUUACUUCAUACUUUAUUGACAAAUGUUCUCUAUGAGGUGCUCAGCAUAGGAACAGCAUAUAGUCUUUUUAUAUUAAAGGCUGGUUUGAGGUCACAUUCACCAACUUUCAGUUCUGGCCUUGAAAUUUGUCAUUUGCUCAAGUACUUAUGUGUCAGAUAUACCAGAUAUAUCACACUAAAUCCUCAUUGCUCAUAAACAGUGUUCAUCAUUACACCUGUUCUGUGCUGGCCACCUCAAAUGGAAUGUGGCGCUACACAUAAGUCACCUGGUACUCACUACUUGUAGAACCAAAACGUUAUGCCAUAAAUGUUGGUUUAAAGUCAAAGUUUUCAAACUAAGUUUUCUUUCAGCUCUUCCACAGAUACACUCUGUUCACAUUCUAUGCAGAAUUAGGUUUGUGGAAAGUUAAUGUAAACUAAAUUUCACACAUACUGAAUGUAAUGUUUAUAUGAAGAGUAACAGCAAGGGAAUUGUUGCAUUCCACAAGCAAAUAAAAAUAUACAGUAACAAAAUAUUAAAGGUCGAUGAAACAUUUUACAAGUAAAGUGAUAAAGAUAACUGGCCUUGGCACUUUUCUUACUUUUUUCAGCAUCACAGGCAGUCCCGUACUUAUGAAAAUAAUUGUUUCUUGAAUUUUUUUGUAAGUGUUGAGUUAUUUGGUUUGUUAAAUGUUUGACAAUUGUCAGUCUCCAAACACCGCCACCUAACCAACAAGAUGGGCUGGCCGCGUAACCUCGGGCAGUGGCGGCCCAUCCACAAUAAAGCACAGAUGCGGA